AGUGUAUUAUCAUGGACAAUCCUGUAUCGGAGAGGUUUGACAUUGGGGAUUCCCAACUCUUUUGGAUCUGGAAUGAAGUUGAAGUAAGCUAUCCGCGCUAGUCCCAGAAAGGCAUGCACGUGGAAAGCUGGCUCGAGCGUCGCCUCGAUUCGGGAUUACGCGUGGCGAGGAUCACAACUGCAACCUAAUGGGCCACACGAUUCCCAUCUUCGCAUCCAGACGGAACAUCGCUUUGUGUGACCCCUUGCUAUACGCUCUCCACGCGGCCGCGUCUGGCGCCGAACCGGCCUCGCCAUGGCCAUCUCAGAGGAUGGAAAGAAGCGGCUGGAUCGAAAAGUCAAUCAGGUCAGCGCCGUUCUCCUCCCUCUUCUCGAAGUCGGCGGCAUAGCCUACACUUCCUAUGUCUUGGUAUACCUAGUUUGUGUCCAAUAUCUUAUGAAACCAUCGCCCGGAUUUGGACUUGAAGCACGAAACGCUACGGGCGUCACCCUCAUCGUUAUAUAUUGCGUUAUCCUGCUUGGGUUCGCAGUGACUUUCCUACGCCUGCUUCAGGUUAUAUGGGUCGACCCAGGUCUGGUCUCGCGCGGCGAUCCAGCGUCGGAAAAGAAAACGGCCCCGAUGGAUUACUUCGACCGCUUCGAAGCCUACAUAUGUGACCAUGAGGGCUACCCGACGUGGUGCUGGGACUGUCAUAAUUGGAAACCGGACAGAGCACACCAUUCAUCUCAGUUGAACCGGUGCGUCAAAAGGAUGGACCACUUCUGCCCGUAUGCUGGAGGCAUGAUUGCCGAGAGAUCGCACAAAUUCUUUGUACAGUUUUGUUUUUAUGGAUUCCUGUAUACGGGUUAUGUCUUAAUUGUCAUGGCCGUCUUUCUCGCAGAACGGGCGGAGAAGCUUGAUUCCACGCCUGGCACCUGGGUCGCAGCAACUGCUCUUGGAGGUAUCUUCUUCCUUUUCGCAUUUGGCAUGUUUUGCACCACAUGUUACAAUAUGGCCCUUAACUACACAACCAUCGAGGCUUUACAGAGGGACGGCACCUAUAACAUUGCCGUGUUAAAAACUGCAGCCCCUUCUGCUACCAUCGCAUCCGCAGGCAAGGCCAACAUCGUGUACGAGUUUGAGCGGCCGCCCUUGCGCUCCUAUGUCGUUCUCGAGACAGAGCGUGGCCAAAACCCUUGGGACAGGGGAGCACUGCGAAAUGUGAAAGACAUCAUGGGAGAGAGCGUAUGGCACUGGUUCUCGUGGAAAAUGAGCCCCUGCACUGCACAUAAUGAUCCAAGAGGGGAGUACAUUUGGGGUCCUGCAGUAUCCAGGCUGAUAGAAGAGCAUGGCGCUGCCUCCGCAAGAAGAAGGAGAAGACGGGGCUCUAGACGUUCGUCGGAAGCAUGAAGAUACUUUCACGUCGUUGAUUAUUUAUAUCACUUGAUUUUGGCAUAGCGGUGGCGUGCUCAGCGUUUGGGUAUUUGAAUGAUUAUUUGCACAGCUUUUUUGCGGUCCCGUGGCUAUCAAGGUGUAUAAGGGGGCUACUUUGUUUUAAUCAAACACUCAGGGACGUUGCGUUCGUUACAGGGAGAUACAUGUUCCAAAUGAUAGGUAUCGACCUACCUACAUGGACCGAAAAUCGAAUGUUUUGCGAACCAUCCGCGAGUGGGGAGUGCUAUCGUUCCUGCCGACAUCAAUCAUCAGUAGACCAAUCUUUAUCACAGUAAUCGUACUCUUCGACACCAUAGUACAGUAUGUAUACGACAACAGAACAUGGCGCAGACCAU